AAUAUAAAACACUUUUGUGUGGUACAAAUUAAACCACAUUCCCAAUUAUUUAUACAAUACAAUAUAAACAUAUUCCACUAAACUCUCUCAUCACUUCACUCUCAUCUAAAGAAACAAGUUUACUCAAUUAACAUGGAAGCUUGUUUUCUCUCUCAUAGUGUAUUCACCAAAACUAAAGAUCAACUCAAUCCAAUAAUCAAAGCUGGAUCUCUACCAUACUCCAAAAGAUCUUCUCAACAAUUUCAUUCAAGAAAAGUUGGAUUUCCAUUUCAUGUAACAUGUUGCCACAUGUCAUCAUCAUCACCGUUGGAUGAUGACAAACCAAACCUCAAUACCGAUUGGAAAACUUUCCGUGCAAAAUUGGUGGCCCGAGAACAAUUGCUAAAGCCCGAGUUGCUUUCUUCAAUGAAAGAUCCAGACAAUCAUCCACCACUCAUCACAAUUGGUGACAAAUGGGCCCAUAUAAUCCAUGAGCCCGAAAAGGGCUGUUUGUUAAUAGCAACUGAAAAGCUUGAUGGGGUCCACAUUUUUGAACGGACGGUGAUCCUUCAUUUAUCAACAGGCCCAAUAGGCCCAUCAGGGAUAAUACUCAAUAGACCAUCAUUGAUGUCUAUAAAAGAGACAAGAUCAACUGCUUUUGAUGUGGCUGGCACUUUUUCUAAUAGUCCUUUGUUUUUUGGUGGGCCCUUAGAAGAAGGGUUGUUUUUAGUGAGUCCAAAAGAAGGUGGUGGUGAUGAGGGGGUGUUUGAGGAAGUUAUGAAGGGUUUAUAUUAUGGUUCAAAAGAAAGUGUGGGUUGUGCUUCUGAAAUGGUGAAGAGGAAUGUGGUUAGUGUUGGUGAUUUUAGAUUUUUUGAUGGGUAUUGUGGUUGGGAGAAAGAACAAUUAAGAGAUGAAAUUAAAGGUGGGUAUUGGACUGUGGCUGCUUGUAGUCCAAGUGUUGUUGAUUUAGGGAGUGUUGGAAGUGUUGGGCUUUGGGAUGAAGUUCUUGGGCUUAUGGGCAAAAGGAAGGUCAAGUAAAGAGCUUUAAUUUAAGAGAGCUUCUUUUCGGAAUUCUUAUAAUUUUAAAAAACUACACAUGUAUUUCAAAGUAUAAUUUUGGACAGAAAAAAAUUGUGUUUUUGUCCAAAAUAUAAUUCAAGAUGGUUUAAGAGAUUUUUUUUUUAGAUGUAAA